AUGUCUCUGGCAAAUCAGAGCCAAAAUUUGCAACUUCAGCUGGAGCAGUUGCGAGAGUUGCAACAGCUACAGGAACAACAACAACAACAACAACAGCUGCAGGAACAACAUCCACUGCUGUCAGCAAUUGCGGAGAAUAAUUAUGCUCAAACGCAACGCGUGCAUUAUCCCAACCAUUACUAUCCGAGCAACCAUUACCAUUACCAGCAACAGGGACGACCGCUGCUGGCCGCCGCUGGCAGCAGCCACAACGGUGCUUAUGCAGCCACUGCCCCGUACAGCGGACACUCCGGCCAUGGCCACAUCGAGCCAUCGGUGGAGUACGAACUGCAGCAGACGCCACCCUCGGGUGGGUUCACCUCGUACCAUGCCAGCGCCGGUAGUGCGCCCGCACUGUCCAUGGGCAUGCCCCAUCCGCCGCCCCAUCCACCCCGUCCGCCGCCCCAUCCUCCAGCAAUCCAUUCGUACUCCUAUCCAAAGCCACCGCCACCCACGAGGGGCUCCGCCGGCAAGAAAUCGAAGAAGAACUCCAGCGGGGUGAUGUCCGCGCUGACGCUGCUCUCGUUCUUCUUCUUCCUGAAUCUGCUGCAGAACUGCAUCAAGGAUCACAUGUCGGAUAUGAAUCCCACCGUGAUGGUGCUCACGGACACCGCCAGUCGCAAUCGUUUCAAUAAAUUAGCCGAGAUGAACUCACGCGAACAAACCUCAUCGCCGACCCCAUCUUGGCAGCAGGCUGCCUUGGUCCCAGUGCCGGACUCAGGACCCGGUUCCGUUCCCGUCUCUAGUCCGGCCCCCGUUAUUGUUAAACCCACGGUGGUGCUGCAGUCGCCAUAUACCACGGACUCACAUCAUUAUCCACCACCCCCCGGUGAUGAUGAUGACGAUGUUGAUUAUAAUUACGGACAUCGCAGACCCCCACCAGGACCCCCCCAGACCAGCGCCGCGGACUUCUAUCCUAAUCGCACAGCACACAUUGACCACUCGUCCCGUCCCGACUUUGACUCCGAUUCAGAUUCCGAUUACUAUCAGCAUCACUACUACCCCGAACGGCAUCGCUACUCGGACUCCCGUUACAGCAAUCCGCGGCGUCCUUGGUCUUACGGUGGCGCCGCCUCGCAUGCCGGCAGCGGCGGCAGCAGCAUCAGGCAGCGCUACUCAUCCGCACCAUGGUCUUCAGCCUCGUUGGGCGCUCAGUCGGGCGUUAGCUCUUACUUGGAUAAUGCCCAGCGCCGUCAAGGUGAUGAUGAUGAUGCUGCU